UCGAUCAUCACCCGCGGAAGUUUGUACAGGGAGAAUUCGGCGUUCUGUCAUCUAUUUUAAAAAAUACGUGUUUCAGUUUUAAAUUUCAGUUUGAAACUUUGUCAUUCUGCGUGUAUCCUGAACGAAGAUGAAAGACAAAACUAAAUUUAAAAGAAUGAAUUCAGCGAGAGAAAGAACAAAGCUAAUAUAAAGUGCUAGCCCCUGACAGUUCUAUCGUUAAUUUCAGUUUGUUUAUUUUUAAAAAUCGCAAACUUGACAAGCAGACUCGGAAGAGUGCAAGAACGACUGAAGCUGCAGAUUACCUACUACCGUGCUUUUAUACUUAAGUUAGUGGCAGAAGUCUUUCAUAUUGCGUUUUGUUGUUGUUGUUUUGAUUAGCAUGCUAAGCUAGUUUGAGUGCGAGCUGGCAUUCGUCAUUCUGGAUUUACGUCAAAUCAUCAUCAGCCUACACACGUUGUCCCGAUUGUGUCAUUUACUGUAAUCUUCACACGGAGAGGACUGUUACACAACAGGUAAAGUGAAUCAUAAUAUACGUUACAUUACUUUGUAACGUGUGGUUCUCUGCGUGAAGGCACCAGUUCAUCAUGCUGGGAGAAUGCGGGAUGACAAAAUGGGAGAGACUAGCACUCAGGAGGAACUCUGUCAAGAUGCUGCAGGAUUUAGUGGUGGAUGAUCUACUGAUCCAGUGUCUUCAGCAAGAGGGAAUCCUUACCGACAGCAUGGCAGAGAGCAUUAUGGCUAAACCAACAUCCCAGGGCAGGAGUAAUCAAUUGUUGUUUCUUUUGCCUAAACGUGGCCCUCGGGCAUUUAGCACCUUCUGUUCUGCUCUUAAGGAGACAGAGCAACAUCACCUCUGCAAACUGCUGAUGGACUUCACUGAGAAAGAUAAAUGCUUUUCAGAAUCCUCGCUUUCUCUUCCAACUCAGGAAUGUGUCACACCUGCGAAAAGACCCCGGACUCAUGAGUCAAUGGAGAUGUGUUUGGAUGCUGACUCGCCUGUGACUACAGCUGUACUUCCCUGCACACCGGAGUUUUACCAGUCCCACAGACCACAGGCUUACCCGAUGCGCUCCUGCCCGAGAGGACUGGCCCUGGUGCUGAGUAAUGUGAGGUUUGACUCAGCAAACACUGAUUUGGACAUUCGGAGGGGAGGAGAGGUGGAUGAGGAGACGCUGAGGAGACUUUUCACAGAGCUGGACUUUACAGUCAGUCUGCACAGAGAUCUAACAGCAGAGGCAAUGCGCAGGUGCCUAGAGCAGUUUGCCCAGCAGCAGGAGCAUGCAGCAUAUGACUGUGCUGUUGUGUGUUUACUGUCUCAUGGUGUAGAAGGAUCUGUUUACGGCACUGAUGGACAGUUGCUGGAGUUGGACUGGGUGUUUGAGGUUUUUGAUAACGCCCGCUGCCCCCUGCUCCAGAAUAAGCCAAAGAUGUUCUUUAUUCAGGCCUGUCGUGGAGAGGAGAUGGAUAACGGCAUUGACCAGUUGGAUGGCCAGGAACGGACUCAGUCUCCUGGCUGUGAACAGAGGGAUGCUGGGAGAGAGGGGGAGAGAGACAACAGAGAGAAAGAGGAGGAGAAAGACAGAGAGAGACUGAGAGUCAAACUGCCUCAGAGAUCUGAUAUGAUAUGUGGCUUUGCUACCCUCAAAGGUUUCAGCACUGCUGCAAUGAGAAAUACCAAGAAAGGAUCCUGGUUCAUUCAGGAAUUAAACACUGCCAUCAGACAGAGAGCCAAUAAUACUCACCUGUCAGACAUACUUGUGCAGGUAAAUGGUCAAAUUAAAAGCAGAGAGGGAUAUGCACCUGGUUCAGCCCAUCAUCGCUGUAAAGAGAUGUCAGAGUUCACCAGUUCCCUCUGCAAAGACCUCUACCUCUUUCCUAAGUACUACCCCAGCAACUAAACACACACACACGCUUAGAACACACUGCCCUCACUAAUGAUUAGCACAUACGUGCAUAUCCAUUACCUGCCAAAAGCUGAGCAUUCAGUCAUGUAAAUGUACUUCGAACCAUUUCAUGUUUUAUCUCUUUCACAUUCCCCAGUACAGUCAUGGUUUCUUUAGAUUUUUUGUGCAUGCAUGGCUUUGCCAAGAUAUAUCACUUUUUCAUUAAGUCUGGGAUUGUGCUUGGCAAAUGUUUUUUUUGUGCACAUUCACUCUAUGUUCUGUCUUGCUCUUUUUUUGUUGUCGUUUCAACAAUGAAAUUUGAAAAGAGUGAAAUGGUCAUUUAGGCAUAUAUGUGAAAACAAAAAUGAUUCCAUGAUUUAUAAAGAGAGACUGGGGUUUAAAAGCCACAGUAUGUUUUUUUUUUUUAAUUGAACAACUGUAUAAAACUUUUUUAUGAAUCCUGCAUAUUUUAUCAGACUUUUUUAUUUGUUCUUUUCUUUAUCUGUACUUUUUGAUUUAAUUGUUGAGUCAUUUUAAAGUAAAGCAUUUUUCAAGGGUAUAUUCAGAGCAACUUAAUGACACAACACAAGCACACAGAUACAUGCGAAGAUAUGCAUACUAGUAUUGUGCCAGUACCACUCUAUUAACUUCUCCAUACCAUUUCACUGAAUUUGAGCAGAUUUGCUCUUAACAUGAUGUAAUUAAACAUUACAUCAACAUCAGUACAUUACAUUAUUGCUUUCUGUAAGUUCUGGGGUAUGAAAUUCACUGUUUCUCUCCAGUUAUCCUGUUUGCACAAUGGCAGCUGUUUCUAAACUUGAAAAGUGCUUCCUGACUCACAGUAAAGAUAUUAUUACUAUAUCCUUGUUUGAACCAUUAAUACGAUGCAUAUCAAUAUAUAUGAUCUUGCCACAAAAUAUCAGUAAAAUUCCGGAAUGGUAGAUUUCAAAUGGUGCGGUUGUUUUUUAUUAUAUAUAUUUUUAUAGGCACUAUGUAUUGUCAAAAAGCAUGUAUUCUCAAAAUGUGGUUUAUAAUUAUGCAGCACGAUUCUGUCUCUUUCACAUGUUUUUUUACGUCAUACAUUCUGUAAGCCGAUAAAUGAAAAUUAAAGAGAUAGUAUUAUGGUCUUUAAAAAAACAAAGCCUGUAGGUGGCGGUAAAGAGCUUUUGCACUUCAUCAGCACAACUUGUAUUAUAUAGACAUUCCAAUAUUUAGACAGUCUUCCUGUUCUGCACUUAACAGUUUUCCUCAUAGGAAUGUACACUGUAAAUUUAGCCAUUUCUCUCUGUGCAUUUGUCUUGUUUAUUAGUAGGGAUGACUUGGGUUAAAAUUCAUAAACAUUGACAUUCUCACAUUGUCAUGGCAUUUGAGAAACGCUCUUCUACUUUUCACACUUGUCAACUUUAACAUGAUUUCUC